AUGUCCAACGUCCAGACCACCGGCAAGAAGCAGCGUUCGGCCAUCGCCGACGUUGUGUCGCGCGAGUACACCAUCAACAUGCACAAGAGAAUGCACGGUGUUAGCUUCAAGAAGCGUGCCCCUCGCGCCAUCAAGGAGAUCCGCGCUUUCGCUGAGCACGCCAUGGGCACCAAGGAUGUCCGUGUCGACCCCCAGCUCAACAAGAAGGUCUGGGAAGCCGGUAUCAAGGGCGUUCCCUUCCGUCUGCGUGUCCGCAUCUCUCGCAAGCGUAACGACGAGGAGAACGCCAAGGAGAAGCUCUACUCCAUGGUCUACGCUGUCAACGUCAAGGAGCCCAAGGGUCUCCACACCGCCGUUGUUGACGACGAGUAA